UCAUCUAGGCAACAACGACUGCAUCAUGCCGUCCCCGCUUUCAAUUGAAGUAAGCAGCUUCUGCUUGUUCGACUCGUGACGGCGCCAGCUGCAACGCUGCCGCGACGACACGCCAAGCCAAGCCGAACAAUCACCAUCAACUACUUGCUCGCCCUGGCCAUCAUGCGCGUCUCGAUCGCAGGCCUCACCCUGUUCCCCCUGGUCAAAGCGACGGCCUUUGGUGCGACCUUUGGCACAACCUUUGACGCGACCGACGACACUGCGAGCGCACGCUUCUCCGACUUUGACUGGGACGCUGUCGAACCAAAGGCUGAGCUCGAGUACCACGACUGCUACAACGAGUACAAGUGUGCGCGCCUCGAGGUGCCGCUCGACUGGAAGAAUGAGUCGGACACGCGCAGGGCGACAAUUGCCAUCAUGAAGCUGCCUGCCGUGGUAGGCGACGAUGACCCGGCAUUUAGUGGUUCCGUCUUCACGAACCCAGGUGGCCCUGGCGGUUCUGGCGUGGAAUUCAUCCCACGCAUAGCGCACCAUCUGCAGAAGGUAAUGGACAAGCCGGGCAAGAAGCACUACGAGAUCAUCUCCUUCGACCCUCGCGGCGUAGGGCAGAGCACACCGGCCGCAGACUGCUACUCGGGCAACAUCCUGGCCAGGCAGGGCACGUCGCUCGAGACCCGUGGUACCCUUGGCCUGGGCAGUUCGCCCGAGUCGCUGGCCUACAACUACGCUCUCACAAAGGCCACCAACAUGAGAUGCUCCCGCGCGGACGAGCUGGUGGAGGAAAGCAUCUUCAAGUACAUUGGCACACCCAACGUCGUGCGCGACAUGGUGGAGAUGGUGGAUCAGAUCGAUGCCCUGAGGAGCAAGGAAGCUGCCGCCCGCGGCCAGAGCUGGCUGGAGCUCAAGAAGCGGAAUGGUGACGGCGACGAGACACCGCGUCUGCAGUACAUUGGUUUCUCGUACGGCACCGUGUUGGGCAACUACUUUGCGUCCAUGUACCCAGGCAGGGUGCAUCGCGUCGUCCUCGACAGCGUGUGCGAUAUCGAAGACUACGCCCAUGGCCCCGGAUGGCUCACCAGCCUUCGAUACAUGGAUCCUCUUUUUGACGAGUUCUUCAAGGGAUGCUACGAAGCCGGGCCCGAGUACUGCGAGCUCGUGCGCGAGGAUGACGCCUCCUGGACAGACAUUUCCCGCCGUGUCUGGGACUACCUGGUAUCCCUCGACGAGUCGCCCCUGGGUCUGAUCGGACCCAACGACGUCAACGCCAUAGUCACCGGGUCUGACGUCCGUGGCUUGAUUGGUGGUAUGAUGUACAAACCCAUCAAGACAUUCAAAUUGCUGGCUCAUGUGCUCGAUCGCUCUAUCGAUGGCGAGUACGAAGAACUUGUAGAUAUGCUUGCGGGCAGCGCGAUUCCCAAUCUCGAAACUGGAUGCUCAGCUGUCGAUGCGCCAGCCAAUAAGACGACCGACCUCCUUAACACACGCGACGUGCUCUACUCCGUCAUUUGUCAAGACGGCGAGGACGUCACGGACAAGGAUCUGGCCUACUGGCACAAGUACGUCAAAGAGAUGCAGGGUACGUCCAGACUCUGGGGUGAUGUGUGGGCUACCCUUCGUUUCGCCUGCUCAACCUGGCCCUUUGAGCCGAACUGGAAGUUCAACGGCCCCUUUACCACCCCAAAGGCCGACCCUGCACUGUCAGAGGGUAAACCUUCGGCACCCCUGCUGUUCUUGGCCAACCGUUUCGAUCCUGUCACGCCCGUGACAUCUGCGCGCGCCAUGGCGCACGCGCACAAUGGUGCGCAGCUGAUUGUCUUCGAGUCAAUGGGACACGGUGUCGCGGGGAGCGCCCCCAGCGAGUGUCUCGCCAAGCACCUGGCUGAGUACAUGGAUACGGGCAAAGUGCCGGACGAGGAGACAACCUGCGAACCAGAGUGUGGGCCGUGGAGUGAUGUGUGUGAGACGUACCGGGCGACUUCGCAAACCUUUUCCAUGGACUAUCUCCUGUCUAGCGCAAGUGGCAGGUUUCCAUUGAUGGUAUGAGUAGGGCAUCCGUCUACUAGAUGCUUGACUUCUAGGACAUAGCCGUCAACGAGAAAGAUACUGAAAACUACCGUGCCUCACAUUGAGAUUCCGAUCGCGAGCAUCUGAUUGACCGUGCCCCAUGGUCUGCCGGUAUCCGCCUCGACAAACAUGGUCAAUAACGGACUGAGCGCUACAAAAUGCGAGUCCUAGAGCAACACGGCUCCCUG